AUGCCUGUCGUAAAGAUUCACCUCAAGCUACCAGAACCGAAAAAGCCAGAGGUAUGUCGAUGGACACCGAAUAAACCACUGAACGAUUUGACAAUAAAAGAUAUUCACAACAGAUGCGAAAAAAUGGACGACGGUACCUAUGACAAUUAUAGCAUUCGUUGGAAUGAUGGUACGGACAUGUGUCUGAUCACAAACAAUGACCAGUUAAGAGAGGCAAUCCGCUUGCAGCGAGCCAAAAUAAAGGAUACCGAGGAGGAAUUCAGUUUCUACGUAGAAGCACAUCCCCCAGUGAAGUCAGCAGGUGGGCGACCGGCUGCGCGACCCAGAUAG